CUCGCGCCAGUUUUCGCAGUAGUACUUGCUUGUGGUGCAGCGCGUGCAUCCGAACCAAGGAAUAAGAUAUAUUUUUAAAAAAAGUUAAAACGUCCAGUUGUAAUUCAUUCCACAUUCUGUGUGGAGUUCACGUGUUCGGGUGUCUGAAUCUUGUUGUGGCUGAAAAAAAUGGCACCGAAGGAUUACGCGACGGAGAAAGAGAAAUGUAAGCGCUUCCUGCAGGAGUUCUACACUGAAGAUGACUCUGGAAAAAAGGUCUUCAAAUAUGGAGCUCAGUUGGUGUCUUUGGCUCACAGAGAGCAGGUGGCGUUGGUGGUGGACCUGGACGAUGUGGCAGAGGAGGACCCGGAGCUGGUGGAAAGCAUUUGCGAGAACACCAAGCGAUACAUCGCACUGUUCUCUGAUUCCGUGCAAGAGCUGCUGCCCGAAUACCGAGAGCGUGAGGUGGUGGCUAAAGAUGCGCUUGAUGUUUACAUCGAGCACCGUCUGAUGAUGGAGGGAAGAGGUCGUGACCCUGCUGACACCCGUGAUCCGAGGAACCAGUACCCUGCUGAGCUCAUGAGAAGAUUUGAGCUGUAUUUCCGCCCCCCUUCCUCCGCUAAGCUAAAGGUCAUCAGGGACGUUAAAGCGGACUCCAUCGGCAAGCUUGUGACAGUCCGGGGCAUAGUUACCAGGGCGUCGGAGGUCAAACCCAUGAUGGCAGUUGCCACCUAUACAUGUGACCAGUGUGGUGCAGAGACUUACCAACCGAUCGCAUCUCCAAGUUUCACACCGUUGAUCAUGUGUCCGAGCCAGGAGUGUAUGACCAACAGGUCGGGAGGACGUCUGUACUUACAGACGCGAGGCUCAAAGUUUGUAAAGUUUCAGGAGCUGCGCAUCCAGGAGCAUAGUGAGCAAGUGCCAGUCGGUAAUAUCCCACGCAGCAUGACCGUUUCCGUGCGUGGGGAAAACACACGUGCAGCUCAGCCUGGAGAUCAUGUGACCAUUUCUGGAGUUUUCCUUCCGCUUCUACGAACUGGAUUCAGACAGGCCGUACAGGGUCUGUUAUCAGAGACGUAUCUGGAGGCACACAGUAUUACCCUGAUGAAUAAGACUGAGGAUGAUGAACUUGGGCUGGAGGAGCUUACUGAUGAAGAGCUCAGACAGAUCACAGAGGAAGAUUUCUAUGAGAAACUGGCCGGUUCAAUUGCGCCAGAGAUCUAUGGUCAUGAGGACGUGAAGAAGGCGCUGCUGUUGCUGCUUGUGGGUGGGGUUGAGCAGAACCCGCGCGGCAUGAAGAUCAGGGGUAACAUUAAUAUCUGUCUGAUGGGAGAUCCCGGUGUGGCCAAAUCUCAGCUGCUGUCUUACAUCGAUCGCCUGGCACCGCGCAGUCAGUACACCACUGGUCGUGGCUCGUCAGGUGUGGGUUUGACGGCAGCAGUGAUGCGUGAUCCUGUUACUGGGGAGAUGACGUUAGAGGGUGGGGCUCUGGUGCUGGCCGAUCUAGGUGUGUGUUGCAUCGAUGAGUUUGAUAAGAUGGCCGAUGCGGAUCGAACCGCCAUCCAUGAGGUCAUGGAGCAGCAGACUAUCUCCAUAGCCAAGGCGGGGAUCAUGACGUCUCUAAACGCCCGCUGCUCCAUCUUGGCGGCCGCCAACCCUGCAUUUGGACGCUACAAUCCACGGAAAACUAUCGAGCAAAACAUCCAGCUUCCAGCAGCACUGCUUUCACGUUUUGACCUGCUUUGGCUCAUCCAGGACAAACCGGACACCCAGAAAGAUCUGCAGCUCGCACAGCACAUCACACACGUCCACCAGCACUGCAAACAGCCACCUGCGCACUAUACACCUAUCGACAUGAAGCUCAUGAGACGAUACAUCAGUAAGUGUAAGAAAAAGCAGCCCGUUAUCCCUGAGGGCCUGACUGAUUACAUCACAGCUGCGUAUGUGGAGAUGAGGAAGGAGGCACGAGUCAGCAAGGAUACCACCUUUACCUCUGCUCGUACCCUACUAUCCAUUCUGCGCCUGUCCACAGCCUUGGCACGGCUCCGUGUGGUGGACACAGUAGAGAAGGAGGAUGUAAACGAAGCAAUGAGGCUGAUGGAGAUGAGCAAAGACUCGCUGCAGCCUGAUAAGUCGACCGCCACCAGGUCUCAGCGUCCUGCUGAUGUGAUCUUUUCCCUGGUGCGCGAGCUGGUCUCGGAAGGUGGAAAGGUGCGAGCAGUGCGCAUGGCUGAUGCAGAACACCGGUGUGUGUCCCGUGGUUUUACUCCAGCCCAGUUUAACUCUGCACUCCAGGAGUAUGAAGAGCUCAAUGUGUGGCAAAUCAACAACACGCGCACACGUAUCACCUUUGUUUAAUCUGCUUGCACACACACGUACACGAACGCACACAUGCCUCUGCGAAACCAUUUAACAUGCUGCUAUGCAUGUUUUGCUUUAGCUUAUUGCUAUUGGACAUUUAUGGUUUUCCUCUUUCUGAUGUAUACUAUUUAGAGUUUGUUUUAUCCUGUACAUAUGAUAUGCUUAAUAAAGCUUUACAUAUGAA